AUGGCUGCAUAUUCAGUUCCACCCUCAGAGGUGUUGCUGUCAAAAAGAGUUCAAGAAAUGGUCCUUCAUGGGGAGGAGCCACUAGGACCUUAUAUUUGCAGAAGUGGUGAAGAUGUUGAUGGAAAAGAAGACAUCAUGGAUACUUCUCCAAUUCCUAUAAUUGAUCUAAACCUCCUAUCUUCUUCAACAACAUCAGAUAACGAACGCGAACAAGAGUUGGAGAAACUUAGAUCAGCUCUAUCUUCUUGGGGAUGUUUUCAGGGAAUAGGACAUGGGAUUAAAACUUCUUUCCUGGACAAAAUCCGCCAAGUUUCAAGGGAAUUCUUCAAACAGCCAAUGGAAGAGAAGAACAAGUAUGCUAAAUCAGUUGAUGAUUUUCAAGGUUAUGGAGCUGAUCCUGUUCCGGAACAAGGUCAGUCUCUUGAUUGGUCUGAUCGUCUCUUCCUCGAGGUAUUCCCUGAAGAUAGAAGAGAGUAUAACCUCUGGCCACAAAUCCCAAUAUCAUUCAGCUAUGGCAAAGUCACUGAAACUGGAAGAAAAUUGCUUCUUGGAACAAUUGGAAAACAAGCACAAUUUCAUGCGCGGUUUAACUACUACUUGCCAUGUCAGAGGCCUGAUCUGGUUCUUGGCUUAAAACCCCAUGCUGAUGGAACAGGAUACACUAUUAUUUUGCAAGAUGAAGUAGGACUCCAAGUGCUUAAGGAUGGCAAAUGGUAUACAGUACCAAAAGAUCCUACAGCUCUGUUUGUUCUCAUGGGUGAUCAAAUGGAGGUAAUGAGCAAUGGAAUAUUCAAGGGCCUGGUGCAUAUGGUAGUGAGUAAUUCAGAGAGGGAUAGAAUUUCUGUCGCAAUGUUCUACACACCUGAAUUAGGGAAAGAAAUCGGACCAGAAGAUGACUUAGUAAAUAUGGACAGACCAAGGAUAUACAAGAAAGUGACAGAUUAUGCAGAAACUCACUGGAAGUUUUACCAGCGUGGUUUGAGAGCACUACACACUGCACACAUUUAG